AUGGCCGGCAACAAGAACAACCGCACUAGACCACCCAACACACGCUCCCGCACCGCCACGGUGGCGGCCUCAUUCUUGGCUGCGGUAGACGCGUCCAGACAAGCGGGGCCCUCUCGUCUCGCGGCACCUCCCCAUGCUUCCCCUGGCGCGUCCACACGCGCGGGCCCCUCUCAAGCAAGGUCGCCAACUGUCGACCUUCUCUUCCCAUCGGCGAUCCCUCUCGACUCGCUGCCCCGCAUCCCUCGACGCACUGGCGUCGCCGCCACGCACCAAGUGGCGAUUGACCUGGAUGCGCCGUUAUACCCGGGGAUUACCACCAAUGCGUCGCCUUGGCAAAUGCGACUCCGGCGACGCACACCAGCUCCUGUGGCACGCCCCUCCGGAGCGCCACUCGGCACUGCUCCCCGCGCUCCCACCUUGCGCCGCGCGCCACUCAGCGCGCUCCCUACGCCUCAGCCCACUGCCGCCACUCAGCGUGGGAAAAAGCGCCACCGCGAGGACGACGAGGCAGCUCAAGACCCGGGAGAAGCAGGAGCGGCGGGCGACCGCCCUCCCUCUAAGCGCACCCGCACGCCUGUUGGUGGCGUGCCACAGCGUGUGACGCGGUCGCGCGCACGUCUCGCCGAGGUGCACCUUGGCGACGAGAAUGUUCCUCCCCCACCUGCGGCACAAGCAUUGAGACGCGGGGGAGAACAUGAAGUAGAGAACGAUACGGAAGAAGAGGAAGAAGAGGAUGAGGAGAUGCUCGAUGCCCAAGACGAGGACUACGAGGCCGAGCAAGGGCACGUCCACCACCGUGGUCACAGUAGCACCAAGAAACCUCCGCGGCGGGCGGUCCAGCCCCCUCCUAUUUUUCUUCCUGAGGACUCUGCACCCCAGGUCCCGUAUCCGUGUGGCAUCCCCGGGUGCAAUAGGGACAUCGGCUUAAACAAGAGCGAUGUCACUACCCACAUGGACACCUUCCACGAGGGCUUGUCUUCACGAGCGUGUCCAUGGCCCGGGUGCAAAAAGCGAAAUUGUGGCAAGAACCCAGAGGAAGCACUUGCGCGCCACGUCCUGGCUGAGCACGGCCCUCUCACCUUUUGGAGAUGUCCGAAGUGCAGCGACAAGUCGAAGCCACAACAGCGCAAGGAUUCGUUCCAGCGCCACAUCAAAUCGUGCAGGGGUCAGAAGUGUCGAGCCAAAGGACGCUCAAAGAAGGCUCAAAAACAAGACACGAGAAAACCCACGGCGGCGUCGCAGGUUGAAGUUGUUCCACAGGGGGAAGUCCCGGACGUCGGCACCUCGAUCGCAGUGGCGGCAUCUCAGGGAGCGGAUGUGACCAGUACACCCGCAGCGUCUGUGGGCGAGGAUAGUACCGAGGGAUUCGAUGAGGAAUCUGAACAGAUGUUGGACACUCCUUGGCAUUACCCUAUCGACGCCGAUGAUAUCAUUUGGGACCAGAUCGCUGGCCUCCCACGGGCCUCAUCCCCCCAUGAUUCCGCAGGCGAUGUUGGUGGAAGCGAGGCCACUCUUGGCGAUCAUCCCGAAGUGAUGGAUUUCGUCGAAGAUAACCUUAACUUUUUCAGAAGCUCUGCAAGACUGAGCGGCGGUGCCACUCCGAUGUUCGCCGUUUUUGCAUCCCUCCCCUGGAUUCACCCGCCAACGACGCGCGGAUCUGCGUUGCCCGUACAUGGCGCACGCGUCCUGGAGCUUCCUCUAGAGGAUCCAUCGAGCAACAAGACACUCCUUGCUAUGGAGACAUCAAUCACGCUCUCAAUGAUCCUCAACUUCCCUCCGCUUUGGUCGUCAGGGUCGAUUUUGCCCUUGUUGACUCGCCAGAAUCGCCUCCUGGGGUUUAUACCCUACUACCCACUCCUGAACUCUCAUAACGAGAUGGGUGCCACGCAGUCCGUAUCGUCUCCCUCUGAGAUUCCUACCAUGCCAUUAGAGCAUGACUCUCAUUGGGCUUCCUAUCCCCGGCUUGAGGGAGUAGACUAUCCCGGAGAAGAACCACUUUCGUUGCCAUUGAAGGAAGGCGCGGGAUGGCCUCCAUAUACUCUCGGGCAGUUUUUGCAAGCUCACCAGGGCAGAUACCAAAUCAUCAGAAAGCUAGGCUGGGGCGACUACGCUAGUGUAUGGCUAGCUCGCUCGGAAAGGCUUUGGGAGAGAGAAGUGCUUAGAAGCAUUGCGAAUGCUGAUCCAACUCAUCCUGGCUACAAGUAUUGCACCCCAUUACGAGAGUUGUUCUUGACGAACACUGUACAUGGUACCCAUGUGAACUUUGUGACGGGCGUGCUUGGGCCUAACCUCAACCAAUUGUACCACCGUUUCCCUCGUGGACCUGCGCGCACUGUUGUUGCGAAACGAAUCACGAAGCAGGUCCUCCUCGCGCUCUCGUACCUUCACGGGCCGUGCCAGAGCAUUCAUACUGGAUUCGUUCCGGAUCUGGAAGGCGGGUCGACCGUCACUCCUGUCAAAACCCAGACACUUCCUCCCGUUGGACUUGAAGAGGAUAUGAGCAACAUCAAAGUGUGUCUUGCGGAUUAUGGCCACGCAGCACAACCAGAGCUUCUUCGUGCACCAGAAAUUGUCCUGGAGCAUAAGACACCGUGGUCGUAUCCCAUUGACAUCUGGUCACUCGGCUGCCUUAUACCAGACACGUUGCGCACUGCAGAAGAACGAGAGCGCAAGUAUGUAGAGCAGAUGGUAAUCUUUCUUGGUCGCGAGGCAUUCUCGGAGGCAUUCCUCAAGGACUGUGCUCGUCGCGAUGAAUUUUUUGAUAAAGACGGAAACCUAUUGACUGGCGACGCCGAAUACCGACCCGCGGAAGUGUGCUUGGAAACGUACAAGGAUCGAUUUGAUGCGAGCGAUCUUCAGGCUGCUGCUGCAUUCAUUAGGCGGUGCAUGGCCAUCGACCCUAGUGCGAGACCCUCGGCCGAGGAUCUACUGCAAGAUGACUGGCUGAAGGAUCUGGAUAUUUGA